AUGCUUAACAUAAUGGAUAUCUCUUUACUCACCUCCCAAGUUCUCUUUCUUCUAACUUUGUUCUUUUCCAUCUCUGAUAUCACAGCUCAAUCAAACUUUUCAUGCUCUGUGGAUUCACCCUCCUCCUGUGAAACUUACGUGGCAUACUUUGCGCAGCCUCCCAAUUAUCUGAGUCUGGGAAACGUAUCUGAUCUAUUUGAGGCCAGCAGCUCAUCCAUUGCAAAAGCUAGUAACCUAGUAUCUGGAGUCAACGAGACAAAGUUAUUUCCUGGCCAACUCUUACUAGUACCUGUUACCUGUGGCUGCACUGCAAAACGUUAUUUUGCCAAUAUCACAUACCAGAUCAAGAAAGAUGAUAGCUACUACUUAGUCUCAGUCAAUUCAUUCGGGAAUCUAAGCAACUGGAAUGAUGUUCAAGGGCUGAACCCGACUCUGAACCCAAACCUCUUGCAGAUAGGUGUGGAAGUUAUCUUUCCUUUGUUUUGUAAGUGCCCCUCAGAAACCCAUUUGAAAAAUGGUAUUUCAUACAUCAUUACCUACGUAUGGCAACCCACCGAUGAUGUCUUGCAAGUAAGUGCUAAGUUUAAUGCCUCACUGGAGAACAUUGCAUCUGAAAAUGGCUACCGGAACUUCAGCACUGCAGUGAGUCUUCCGGUAAUGAUCCCCGUUUCACAGUUGCCAGCUCUCUCUCAAAUUUACCCGACUGAGCAGUCUCGUGAAGGAAGUCAUUCCAAACGUCCUUGGAUUAUCAUCCUUAUUGUAAGCUUGGGCGGUGCUAUGUUGAUCUUUCUUUUGACUGCUUUGUUGGUCCAUUCUCAUCGUUCACGUCAGAGGAAGAAGGAAAUGAAACGUGUUGGUUCCUCGCUGGAGACCAGUGUUCUGAUUAAAAUGAAGGAACAAUCGAGAUGUGAAAACUUUGAGCCUAAGAUCACGCAAGGUAAGCUACUUCCUGGAGUUUCUGGCUAUCUCAGUAAGCCAAUCAUGUAUGAGACUAAAGCAAUUAUCGAGGCAACGGCAAACUUUGAUGAACACUGUAGGAUUGGGGGAUCAGUGUACAGGGCGACUAUCAAUGGCCAGGUCUUAGCAGUAAAGAAAACCAAGGAAGAUGUCACAGAGGAACUAAAAAUUCUGCAGAAAGUAAAUCAUGCGAAUCUUGUGAGGUUAAUGGGAAUCUCCUCUGAUACUGAUGGGAAUCGCUUCUUGGUCUAUGAAUAUGCUGAAAAUGGAUCACUUGAUAAGUGGCUGCACUCGAAGUCUUCAAGUUCUUCGGCCAUCCUCACAUGGAGUCAGAGGCUAAUCAUUGCACUAGAUGUAGCCAACGGCCUGCAAUACAUGCACGAACACACUCAGCCCACCAUUGUUCACAGAGAUAUCCGAGCAACUAAUAUACUUUUGAACUCCGGGUUCAAGGCAAUGAUUGCAAAACUCUCACUGGCUAGAUCUGCAACGAACUCUGCGAUGCCAAAAGUGGAUGUCUUUGGUUUUGGAGUUGUUCUACUAGAGUUGCUUUCAGGAAAGAGAGCCAUGGAAACAAAGGAAAAUGGGGAGGUUGCUCUGUUGUGGAAGGACAUAAGGUGGAUCUUGGAAGUGGAAGACAAUAGAGCGGAGAGGUUAAGAAGUUGGAUAGAUCCAAACUUGGAGAGCUUCUAUCCGAUCGAUGGCGCUAUCAGCUUGGCAACUUUGGCGAGGGCGUGCACACUGGAUAAAUCCAUGGAAAGGCCAAGCAUGGGAGAAAUCGUUUUCAACCUGUCAGUUCUUACUCAGUCGUCUUCUGAAACUUCAGAAAGAUCAUGGACUUCAGGGGCAGAAGGAGACGAAGUAAUUCAUAUUAUAAGUCCAGUCACAGCUCGCUAAUUUAGCUCUUUUUAUAUUUUCAUGUACUAAAUACCCAUGAGGAUUUCCAUUCUAAUAAUUCAAAUAGUUGAAUCGGAAUUUAUG